AUGGCGAGCUCACAGCUGCGCAGCGCCCAGCUGCAGCAGGUGCGGCGGCUGUCGACGAUGUCGUCAGGGCUGCGGGCCAGCAUGCUGUCGCGGGCGAGCAGCAGAAGCGCAGUGGGCACAGCAUCGAGACUGACGUCAGCGCCAGGAUCAGCGGCAUUAGCAGCAGCAACUGCAGUCGGGCGGCGGCCAGCAGCCAUGCAGCUGGUGCGACACGCGUCCAGCGGGCCGACAGUGACGAGCUCGACGACGGUCAAGCCGAAGAAGCGGUUCCGCAAGCUGCGUUGGCUCUGGCGGCUGACCUAUCUCUCGGGACUGGGGCUGGCGGGUUACAUUGUGUAUUCAUUGUGGGAGGACCGGCAGCCGGGCGAGGUGCUGCCGCGGGACCCCAACAAGAAGACGCUGGUGAUCCUGGGGACCGGAUGGGGUUCGGUGUCGCUGCUGAAGAAGCUGGACACGGAGAACUACAACGUGGUGGUGAUCUCGCCGCGCAACUAUUUUCUGUUCACGCCGCUGCUGCCGUCAUGCACGACGGGCCUGAUUGAGCACCGGUCGAUCAUGGAGCCGAUCCGGACGAUUGCGCGGACGAAGAACGGGUCGGUGACGUUCUACGAGGCAGAGGCGAGCUCGGUGGACCCGGAGCGCAAGGUGGUCAAGAUCCGGGACGGAGCGGACGUGCGGGGCCGGACGACGGAAUCGGAGGUGGCAUACGACAUGCUGGUGGUGGGUGUCGGAGCAGAGAACGCGACGUUUGGAAUUCCGGGCGUGCUGGAGAACUCGUGCUUCCUCAAGGAGAUUGGCGACGCGCAGCGGAUCCGCAAGAAGAUCAUGGACUGUGUGGAGACGGCAGCGCUCAAGGACCAGACGUCGGAGGAGAUCGACCGGCUGCUGCACAUGGUGGUGGUGGGCGGCGGGCCGACGGGCGUGGAGUUUGCGGGCGAGCUGCACGACUUCUUCGAGGACGACAUCAAGAAGUUGAUUCCGGACAUUGCAGAUCGGUUCCGCGUGACGCUGAUCGAGGCGCUGCCCAACGUGCUGCCGAGCUUCAGCAAGCAGCUGAUCGACUACACCGAGAGCACGUUCAAGGAGGAGGAGAUUGCGAUCCACACCAAGACCAUGGUCAAGAAGGUGACGGACAAGGCGGUCGAGGCCGAGGCCAGCCGGCCAGACGGUUCCAAGGAGCGCGUCGUCUUUCCCUACGGUCUGCUCGUGUGGGCCACCGGCAAUGCGCUGCGACCGGUCGUGCGCGAUCUCAUGGGCCGCAUCCCGGCGCAGAAGGACUCGCGUCGCGGCCUGGCCGUGAACGAGUACCUGGUCGUGCAGGGUGCCCGCGACAUCUGGGCCGUCGGCGACUGUGCUGUCGCCGGCUAUGCGCCUACAGCCCAGGUGGCCUCGCAGGAGGGCGCCUUUCUGGCCCGCCUGUUCAACAACAUGGCCCGAACGGCUGUGCUGGAAGACCGCGUCCGCACGCUGAGCGCGUCGCUCAACCUGCAGCCCGGCACCGAUGCGCCGACGGCCAGCCGCGAGAUCGAAGAGGCCGAGCGCCAGCUGCGCCGCAUCAAGGACAUCAAGCCCUUCCACUACUCGCACCAGGGCUCGCUGGCCUACAUUGGCAGCGAAAAGGCCGUUGCUGACAUUGCCUGGUUCAACGGCAACUUUGCCUCGGGCGGCAGCAUGACCUUUUUGUUCUGGCGGAGCGCCUAUCUGUCCAUGGUCUUUAGCAGCCGCAACCGUCUGCUGGUGAUCAACGACUGGAUCAAGUCCAAGCUCUUCGGCCGCGAUAUUUCCCGCGAGUAG